AUGGAACAGAUACAGGCAUUCAGAAGCGUAGGCAUUGAUCAGAUACAGGCAUUCAGAUGCACAUGCAUUCAAGGUGGGGGAGUGUACAGGUACCUGGAGGAGUUCGUCUUCAGAAUGGGGGAGCUCUGUUCUACUCCUCUAUUCUCAGACUCAGGCUUCAG